AUGCCCGUCGGAAUCAUCCAACCGUCGAAUCAAAUCAAGCUCACCAAUGUCUCGCUGGUGCGCAUGAAGAAAGGAAAGAAGCGCUUUGAAGUAGCCUGCUACAAAAACAAGGUCCUCGAAUGGCGCAACAAGAUCGAAAAAGACCUGUCCAACGUGCUGCAGAUCGAAAACGUCGUCUUCCUCAAUGUCUCCAAAGGCCAAGUCGCGCCCAAGUCUGAUCUCGAGAAGGCCUUCCCCAAGAAGUCAGUCGAGGAGAUAAUAAAAGACAUAUUGGAGAACGGUGAACUCCAAGUGGGAGAGAAGGAGCGCAACGCAGAACUCGAACGCACCAAGAAUGAGGUCAUCGACAUCGUGGCAGGAAAGCUCGUCGAUCCCAAGACGAAGCGCGUGUACACGUCAGGUAUGAUUGAGAAGGCCUUGGAUCAGCUAAGUAGCCAGGCGGCAGCGCAGCAGGGUGAUAAAUCCGACAAGACCGACAAGGCUGAGGGCGCUGAGAAUGGAGAAGACAAGGCCAAGGCCAAGGAGUUGCCCAAGUGGACGGGCAUCGUCACUUCCAAGUCGUCAAAAUCACAAGCCCUCUUCGCCAUGAAGGCCCUUAUCGCACAUCAGCCGAUACCGGUAGCCCGCAUGCAGAUGAAGUUGCGCGUCACAUGUCCUACCUCCGUCCUCAAGCAAGCGACCAAGACCGCUCCCAAGGCACAGGCAAGUGGAGAUGACAAGGCGACGCAUGGCACAAUCAAGGACGCGAUACUAGGCUUCAUGGAGAAGAUUGAGAGUCAAGACACGUUGGGCGCCGAGUGGGAGGCUGUGGGUCUCGUCGAGCCCGGUGCAUUCAAGGGGCUGAACGAGCUCAUCGAAGGCCAGACCAAGGGCCGUGGGAACGUCGAGGUCCUGGAGAUGGCCGUGGGCGCCGAGGACUGA